GAAACGUCAUCGCGUCCUAUAAAAGUACUCGCUUUCCAGCAAGAUCUUCACAAGCCAAGGAAAGGUGGUGAACUUUCCUCACAGGGACGCAGGAGAGCAGCACGGAUAGGAAACUUUGUUCCCAGUCUUUAAGAAAAGACAGUACUCGUAAAACGUACAGAACAAACUUGACGAAGAUGGGAACAUCUUUCCAGAUACUCGUGGCUUUCGCCGUUGCUUUAUGUGCAGCGUCCCUGGCAAGAGCACAAACAGUAACCAUUGGCCAGGGGUCUUGUUCAUCGAUUCCUUUCGGGCGCACGACAGAUUGUCCGAUAUCCAGCGCCCAACCUGGCAUGACCUUGACAGCUACGGUUGUUGGCGGUCUUUACUCGGCUUAUUGUAUUCAGGGUCUUACCUAUAGCAUCGUUCAAUCUGGAGGUCAGUAUAGGCUUAGGGUGUCCUAUCCUUGUGGUGCUACUUUUCGGAUUGACUCUGUUGGGAACGCCGCUGCUCAACCUACAACCACCGCUGCCACUACAGCUGCCACAACCACAGCUCCAGGUGUGUUGAACACACCACAGUGGGGCGCGUGGUCCCAGUUCGGAUCGUGCAGCGCAUCCUGUGGGGGCGGCCUUCGGUCUAGAAGUCGAACCUGCAGCACAGGGAGAAAUGCAGACUGCGAAUCCUUGACCUCAUUUGCCGUGGACCGUCAAGACUGCAAUACUCAAGCUUGUCCACCAGCAACCACCCCAGUGAACCCUAACAAUGCUCAGUGUGGACAGGCCAACAGCUUCCGCAUCAUCGGAGGCACUCAGUCUGGACAGUGUGAGUUCCCUUGGAUGGUGAUGGUUUAUAACCGAAUGGAGGGCACUGUGUGUGGUGGCUCCAUCCUGGAUCAAACUACAAUCCUAACGGCUGCCCACUGUGUGGUCAACAAGAAUGCCAUGGUGCUUUUUUCUUCCUGCCUAGAUAACGACGUGGCCAUUCUCAAACUGAGCCAACCUCUGACCUUUGACCAGUGCCAACGUCCAGUAUGUCUGACGAACAGCUCUUCCGUACCCCAGAGAACGUCUGGCUGCAAGACCAUGGGAUGGGGAAUCGACAGUAAUAGCCAAAAUGCUCGGGUACAGCAAAAUAUGUUCUGGGCAUCAGUGCCAGUCGUAUCAGACUCUCAGUGUGGUAGAGUCUACGGGUUCCAACGACUAAAUCAAGUUUUCUGUGCAGGAGGGAACGGAGAAGAUGCUUGUCAGGGUGACUCUGGCGGUCCUCUGGUGUGCCAGGAGGCAGAUGGGAGGUACUACCAAUACGGUAUCGUCUCUGCUGGAGUUAGGAACAACUGUGGAAACUACCCCGGCCUCUACACCAGAGUCAGCAACUACAUACCGUGGAUUGAAAGUCACCGCAAUUAG